AUGGCUAAUUCAGCCCCAACUCCUAUGGUUGCUUCUUCAAAAUUGUCAGCUAAUGAUUCCUCUCAUUUUGAAGAUCCAAAAUUAUUUCGUUCUAUUGCAGGGGCCCUCCAAUAUCUCACACUUACAAGGCCAUACCUCACAUUUGCUGUUAGCAAGAUUUAUGCUGAUUGGGGAGCAGAUGCUGAUGAUAGAAAAAGUGUUAGUGGAUAUUGUGUCUACCUAGGAACAAACUUGAUUGCAUGGAAAAACAACAAGCAACGUGCCGUUAGCUGA